CAGAAAAAGUUAUGUAAUCAGAGAGUCCCUGGAACAGAAAAAAAUCAUACGGGUGCGUGUGGUCUCGGUCACCCGGCGCGAAGCACAAAGGAGAGGGAGCGAGCGAGAUAGAGCGACAUAGAUCUUGCUUUGUCUAUCGAUCACGGGAUAAAAGCCGAGGUGCGCCGUUUCCAUAAACGCAGCCAGCCGACCUGCAGUUCGAACGUAGUUGGACCGCAGUGCGAUAUAUUCGACUUCUGUUGGCUGUUUUUGGCGUCGUCUGGCUGUUCUUCGCUGUUCGUUACAAUGGUCGUCUGCUCGUUAACUCCCGAUGUUCUCGAUCAGCUGCGUGCGAAAUUUUAUGCCGACGAUCGCAACGUAUUAGCGCAGAAUGUUUGUACGAAAACGAAUCCCAUCGAGGCGUGCGCCUCGAGGAAAAUCCUGGAGGAGACCCAUCAUGUUUUCACCCAUAAAAUCGAGACCGAAGGUAAACCAGUGACUAAUCAGAAAAAUUCUGGCAGAUGCUGGCUGUUUGCUAUCUUAAACGUCAUGAGAACCAAUUUCAUGAAACAGCAUAAUUUAGAUGAGUUCGAAUUUAGUCAGGCUUAUUUGUUUUUCUGGGAUAAGGUAGAACGUUGCAAUUAUUUUCUGCAUAACAUUGUAAGCACUGCAAAACGUGGUGAGCCAGUUGAAGGCCGUUUGGUCAAUUUCUUAUUAUCUGAUCCUACUUGUGAUGGUGGACAAUGGGACAUGAUUGUAAAUCUGAUAACCAGACAUGGCGUUGUGCCAAAGACAUGUUUCCCAGAAUCAUAUAGCUGCGAGUCUAGCGUUCGUAUGAACAGUCUGUUAAAGAGUAAGCUGAGAGAAUAUGCCAAAGCUUUACGGGACAUGAUUGAUAACAGCGCGUCCGACGAGGAGUUGAAGACACGAAUAAGUGAGCAGAUGACGGUGAUUUAUCGAAUAAUUGGUAUCUGUUUGGGUGUACCCUCUGAGAAAAUUACAUGGGAGUACUAUGACAAAUUGAAGAGUUACAACUGUGUAGGACCGAUUACACCACUAGAGUUUUAUGAGAACUAUGUGAAACCAUAUUACAAUGUGAAUGAUAAAGUAUGCUUGGUAACCGAUCCUCGACCAGGUAAUCCUUAUGGAAAGUUAUAUACUGUGGAUUGUCUAGGAAAUGUCGUGGGUGGAAAAACUACCCGCUACAAUAAUCAGCCGGUGGAAUUGCUAAUGAAACUAUGUGCCGAAAGUAUCAAAGAUAACGAACCUGUUUGGUUCGGUUGCGAUGUUAACAAAAGAUUAAUAGAUAAGCACGGUAUUCAUGAUAUUAAAGCUUACAAUUUUGAACUGAUGUUUGGCACUGAUAUUCAUAUCGGGCUUUCCAAGGCUGAUAGAUUGCUUUAUGGAGAUUCUAUGAUGGUACACGCAAUGGCUUUUACAGCUGUUUCAAUAGACCGAGAAGGUAAGAUAAAGAAAUUCCGGAUAGAGAAUUCAUGGGGCGAGGAUCACGGACAGAAGGGUUACCAGGUUGUGUCCACUGAAUGGUUCGCCGAUUUCGUCUUUGAAGCAGUCGUAGAUAAAAAAUAUGUACCUGCGGAUGUGAUGGCUGUAUUCAACCAGGAACCCAUCGUUUUACCCGCCUGGGAUCCCAUGGGCACGCUCGCUCAUUGAUGUUAAAGUGAUUUAACUAAAUGGCAAGCCGUUUUACUUUACAGAAGGAAGAUUUCAAGCAUAACACAUGAGAAAUGAAAUAUUUAAAAAUUCUGGGGGCAGUGAUUGUACAAAAUACCAAUAUUUUAUACCUUAUACAAAAGAAUGCAGCAGUAUUGAUAAGUGGCUUUGUCGUUCGUGUGAAUUAUAAGUCCGUUUUUGUUUAUUACAGUAUACGAGGGCAAUGUUUAGUUCAAUCAUCAAGACUGAAUGUAUAAGUUACCAUAUAUGAAAUCACAAAAUAAAUAUUGUUUUACGCGUGCAUAAAAAAAGAACCACAAUUUCUGAUUGUUUAUGCAAUGUGUUAAUUAAAAUUAUGAAGAAUAUUACGUUGCAUUACAUAUUUUAUCUUAGUAAUGUAUCGAUUUUAAACAUAAUCUACCAUUAGACAAUUAAAUGAAAUUGGUUUCAAUACUUGAUUUAACACGCGCAAUAAAUCGCAUCUCAUACAAACAAAAAUAGUGCGAAAGAAAAUUUCCGUCGUAUUGCAUACCUGCGAUUUAAUAAAUUUUUUUGUUAAGUAAGUGCAGCAAUGUACGAUAUAGCAUAGAGACACUCGUAUUUCUGCAUAUUAAUUUUAAAUUCGUACACAUUACAAGAUAAAGCAAUAGA